AUGCCUCGCUUGGCUGACAGUCACCAUCACCGAGGAAGCGAAUCUAGUGAUGAUGGUUUCGAGCAUGAGAAAAGUAGGGGUAAGUGAUCCGAGGUCUCGAUGGUUUAGUUGUCGUCGCUCAUACUCUCAGAACGCCAUUAUACGUUAUGGCCUACAGUAUCUCAAGCUAACAGGGCAGAUACAGAUGGCAUAAAGAUAAUCGAAAUAGAGGACGAUGCCAUGUCACAAUAUCCAAGAAAAACAAUAUCUUGGGAAGCUGGGGACCCAGAAAAUCCGUAUAAUUGGACAAACGUAGGUAUCUACUUGCCUUACUUUAUCGUUCCUCGUUAAUCGGUUUGGACAUAGAAAAAAAAGACAUACAUAGUUAUUGUUGGGGCUCUCUCUGUCAUCAAUAGCACAUUGGGCUCAUCCUUACCAUCGAAUGCUAUCCCAUUCAUCAGCAAAGCAUUCCACAUCACAUCUUCCUACGCUCAGAUUCUCCCUAUAUCCAUGUAUCUUUUUGGUUACAUUGUUGGACCUCUUGUUUUUGGUCCUCUGUCGGAAAGUUGCGGUCGCAGAUACAUCAUGAGUACAUCGUUUGUUGCUUUUACAAUAUUCACCCUGGGUUGUGCAGUAGCACCAACCUGGGAGGCCUUACUGUUUAACAGACUACUUGCCGGAGUAACGGCCAGUAGUCCUGUUGCGGUUACUGGGGGAAUCUUUGCAGAUAUUUACGCAGAUCCAGUUGCUAGAGGUAGAGCAAUGGCCGCUUUUAUUGGUGUAAGUUUCCCGCAAAGUACAUCCACAUCCAGAUAGUAUCCUAACGGACUAGGCAGCUUGUGUUGGACCUCUCAUCGCACCUCCACUUUCAGGCUUCAUCUCGCCCGCACUCGGUUGGCGCUGGACCUUUUGGGUAGGCUUUGUUUUCGCCUGUGUUACCCUCGCUCCCGUCCUCUUGCUCCCGGAGACCUACGGCCCUGUUCUCCUCGCUCGCCGCGCCGCAAGACUCCGAAAAGAAACAGGAAGCCCUGACAUCGUUGCUCCCUUCGACCUUGGAAAAGAAAAGUUUCAAAUAAAUGGCAACAGUAACACUCGCCCGACCACUGCGAAUGAUGGUCUCGGAACUUAUCGUUCUGGCAACAUGUCUCUAUCUAAGUCUCGCCUACGGAAUUUUCUACAUGUACUUUGUGCCUACCCCAUCGUCUUUCAAGGAAUCUACAAACAAAGUCCCGGGGUCUCAGGACUGACGUUCCUCCCCAUCGGCGUCGGAACCAUCGGUGCAACCAUCCUGUUCCUCUCCUAUGAUUCCACGCUUCGAAAAGCACAAGCCUUGAAGAAACCCUGGACGCAGAAAGAAGAAUCUCGACGUCUCCCCCUUGCAUGUGUGGGUGGCCCGCUCUUCGUCGUUGGUCUAUUCUGGCUAGGUUGGACGGCAAAGCCCCAAAUCCCUUACUAUGUCCCCAUGUUGGCGGGUAUCCCAUCCGGAAUGGGCUUUGUGCUUAUCUUCAUGGCGCUUCUCAAUUACUUGGCGGAUGCGUAUGAGAUUUAUGCGGCGAGUGCUAUGGCUGCUGCGUCUUGUGCUAGGAGUGUGGCCGGGGCGCUGUUGCCAUUUGCUGCGGAGCCGAUGUAUAGACGUCUGGGGGUACAGUGGGCUACCAGUGUACUUGCAUUUUUGAGUUUGGCCGUGUGUGCUAUUCCUUGGGUGUUUUUGUGGAAGGGGGAUACCAUUAGGGAGGGGAGUAAGUUUUGUCGGGCCUUGAAGGAGAAGAGGGAGAGAGAGGCGAUGGAACAGGGUAAGUAG